AUGUCGCCGUUUGGUCCGCAUCCAUCCUUCUACCCUCACAUUGUGGAGAACAUCCUGUUCUAUGCAGAGCAUUCGGUCCUGCUCAAUGCCCGCCUUGCGAAUUCCAUCAUGCGGGGACUUGCGGACAAGGUUCUCGGCGGCCGCCAAAUCAUGUUCAAGAUCAGGCGGGGUAGCCUCCUCGUCCUUUCCUACCACGGGCCGAUACCAUACUUCCAUCCGUCCUCUCCUAUUGCACACCAGCAUGCCGUGAUGAAGCGAUCUCGGACAGUCCACAUCGGUCAAGGCGUCGAGGCAACAGAGCGUGUCAACGAUCUUCUCAGUUGUCUGAUGCCGCAUGCCGAAGUAUACCUCAAACACAUCGCCAACGCCGGCUGCUGCUUCACCAUCCCUAAUAUCCGUCGCCUCGCCAUCGACAUAGAUGCCCAGUGCAGCUGCUCUGACUCUGUUGCAUCGGAAGCGUUCGAGCACGGUGCCCGCAAGCUCAGCCUACAUAUCCGUCGCGAUCCCGAACACGAGGACACCAACACGUCAUGCUUAAUCAAGUACGAUGUCUUUCGAAAACGACUCCGUUGUCUCAUUGUCAACGACAGUAGCGUCUUAGUCCGCGAUGCGUUCGAAAGGCAAGCGGUAGCUUCCACUGUGGGGCUGAAGAUCUACAAGAACGACCUAGGCGAGAGCCGCUUCCACUGGAGGAGGUAUCGUCCGGACGCUUUCACCAUAGCCGGAGAUCUAGUGUUUGGUGUAGAGUCAGGGAACGAGGGGUUCUCCGACUGA